AUGGAAAGCAUAAUUGCUGGUGCCGCGAUAACCUCCUCCGGAUUCCCGAUAACGCUGAAGGUCGCACAAGCGACAGCUUCUGGUUUGGGAUGUUUGACUGGUCUGUUCCCCAUCCGCGAUCAGUGUGUGCCGAACUCAGUGCUAAUCGGCAUGUCUGAUCGCAAAGUGCUUUCCUGGUGGCCGCUCCUCCUGCCGCUGCUAAUCUGCAUUGCCGGAUUUCCAGCGGAGGCUAUCGCAGAUUCCAAUCCGAAUCCCUGCCCAGAUGGCCAGGUCUACCUCAAUGGCGUUUGCUCGGCUCCGGCCCCCGUGGUGUCCCUGUGUCCCAAUGCACCCAUAAGUCCCACUGUGGUGACUCCUAGUCCUCCGAGUACUUCCCUUUGUCCCAACGCUCCUAUAAGCCCCACCGUGGUGGCGCCAAGUAAUCCUCCUUGUCCCAACGCUCCUAUUAGCCCCAUUGUGGUGGCUCCAAGUAACCCCCCUUGUCCCAAUGCUCCAGUGAACCCCACUAUUUGUGCACCAUCUUGUACGACAACUUGUACUACCAAUUGCGUCACGAAUUGGCCAACACCGUGUGUCCAAAAUCCGCCCUGUUUAUGCAAUAAUAAUUGCGGUAAUCCUAGUUUCCCCAACAAUCCUUAUCCCAACAGUCCUUGCCCCAGCUAUCCUUAUCCCAACAGUCCUUACCCCAACAAUCCUUACCCCAACUAUCCUUGUCCCAACAAUCCCUCUCCCAGCAAUCCUUCUCCAAACAAUCCCUGUUCCAAUAAUCCUUCUCCUAGCAAUCCUUCUCCCAAUAGUCCUUCUCCCAACAGUCCUUGCCCCAGUAAUCCCUCUCCCAGCAAUCCUGCUCCCAGCAAUCCUUCUCCAAGCAAUCCUUCUCCCAGCAAUCCGGAUGCCAGCAAUCCUUCUCCCAGCAAUCCCGAUUCCAACACUCCUUAUCCAAACAAUCCCAACUAUCCUUAUCCCAGCAAUCCGGACUCUAACAAUCCUUUUCCCAGCAAUCCGGAUUCAAAUAAUCCUUCGCCCAGCAACCCUGAUGGAAACAGCAGCACUCCUGCGCCGUUAUCACCUGCACCAACUUAUCCUCCACUUCCGCCUUUGCCAACCUAUCCACCUCUUCCCCCCCUACCAACCUAUCCGCCCCUUCCGCCACUACCAACCUAUCCACCCUGGCCAACAACUCCUCCUCCGGACAAUAUUGCCGAGAUCCAUUGUCCUGAAGGAACCAUCCUGGUGAAGAACCGCUGUCGACUUCUUUACUGCGGCGGAUACGGAGUCUACGCUGGAGGACGCUGUACACAGGCCCGCUGCCCGCCGGGAUUCGUUUGGACCGGACACAGGUGCUCCGUACCGCAACCAACAGAGCUGGGAAACAUCCAUCUGGAGAGCACCAUUCACCAAGAGUCUGGCAAUCUGCCCCAUUUGAUCACAAACAAUGUGAACAAUGUCGAGGUCAAUGCCUCCAUUGCCAUUCCAGGACAAACCUCUGAGGAGGACGAAGAGGAUGUGGAAGUGGUGGUGCCGCAGCCUCCAUCGGGACCCUGUUGCCAGGUGGUGGCUCCACGAACCUGCACCGCCCAGUCGAAUCAGACGUACAAAUGCUUCAGCCGAAGCCAGCAGCAGUGCGGCACCUUUUGCAGUGCCAACCGAGUGGUGCUCGUUCCGAUGGUCGUCUCCACUUGGAUGACGCAAGCCAACAACCAGAUGAUGGUCAUUCCGCCCAACUGGGCGGGUCAAAUCUGUCAAUCUACUGGCGGAGUCUGCCAGCAGGCAAACAAUUUCUACGACUGCAGCGGCUGUGCGGCCGGCGACUCCUUCACCUGCUCUUCGUACUGCUACUCUUACAAAUGCAGCAGCCACAACUGCGCCUUUUAUGACCAGUCCGAAUUCUGCACCCAAUAUCCUGGCCAAAUCGGAUGCCGUCCCUCGGAAGGAUGGUUCCCGAAGGCUUGACUUUAACUGAAAAAAAGUGCUACAAAAAGUUCA